GUUCGUCUGCUUCACGAUCAUGUACCUUCUGUGGGUGGUGGCGACCUACUACGCCCAAGUGCAAGCUUUCCAGUGGCGCGUGGCAGCGCUCUUUUGGUCGUGCUUCGGCGGUGUCGAAAUGCUGCGGGACUUUGGCUUGGCCGAGCACUUCAG